UAGAUGAUAUUAUAAAGUAAAACGCUCCUCAUCCAUGUGCUGCCCCCCUGGACUCAGGGAGCGUCUAGUAACCUGCAAGGACAUAGGCGACAUUUCAUCCCCCAAUCUUUGUACGGACAGAACUUUAUUGUACUGCAGUUUUGUAGGUGAUUUCUCCUCUUCUCCUUACUGGUUCUGGAGGAGGAUUCUCUCUAUGGACAGGAGGAGUCACUACAACUACUCCACCAGGAUCCUCACCAGAUCCCGUCAGUGAUCACUCAUCAUUGUCUUUCUCAGUUUGAAUCAGCAGUAAACACAAUCUCUGAGUUGCAGGGGUUAAUUCUUCUACAGAAGCUCUCCGCCUUCUUAUGAAAAGAGACUUUCGGAUCCUGCUCCUCCGUACCACAAUGGCGUCUGCUGAUCUGAAGGCCGAGCUGGACUGCUGCUCCAUCUGCCUGAGCCUAUAUACAGAUCCCGUAUCCCUGAGAUGUGGACACUACUUCUGCCGCUUCUGUAUUGUGAGUGCGCUGGAGGCACAGGAGGCAGCUGGAGUGUAUUCCUGUCCUGACUGCAGAGCAGAAUAUCCGGAGCGUCCGGCCCUGGAGAAGAACAGGAAGCUGGGGAACAUAGUGGAGCCUUUCUUAUCUGCUCAGCCUGAUAUGGAGGAGACCGGGAUCUUCUGUACUUACUGUAUUAAGUCUCCUGUACCAGCUGUGAGGACAUGUCUGCAGUGUGAGAUCUCUCUAUGUGACGACCACCUGAUGGCCCACAACAAGACAAUGGAUCAUAUAUUAACAGAACCCACCAGAUCCUUUGGCAGCAAAAAAUGUUCCCUCCACAAAAAGGUUCUGGAGUAUUACUGCACACAGGACGCAGUUUGUCUGUGUGUGUCCUGCUGUCUGGUCGGAGAGCACAAGGAACACCAGUUGGAACUUCUAGAUGUGGCCUCUGAGAAGAAGAAGAAGAAACUGAGGAAAUAUCUGGAGGAACUAAACCCACAAAAAGCAAAAAUUGAUAGAAGACUCCAGAAUCUGCAGGAUCGUCAGAGGAAUAUCCAGGAGAAGGCCUCUGAUAAGAGGAAGAUCGUCAGGAAGUUAUUUAUGGACAUUAAAGAGCAACUAGAAAUGGCAGAAAAGAAAGCGCUGAGCGAGAUCUCCAGGCAGGAGGAGAAGAUUGUGUCCCAGAUAUCUGAUCUGAUCAAGAAGCUGGAAAUAGAGGAGGACGAGCUGUCCAGGAAGAUGCGUCACAUGGAGGAGAUGUGUCAUGUCACCGACCCAAUAAGACUCCUACAAGAAGGUGACAUUACAGUAUGUGGUCGUGGAGAUGAUGAGGACAAAGGGGGAGAUGGUGGAGAGGGCAGGUCUGAGGAUGGUCUGGAUGAGGUUCUGAUCUCACUGACCUUACACCGAUCUAUGAGGGAUAUUGUCACCAAUGUCACAUCAGAGCUCGGGCUCCAUGUUCCAGACAUAUUGCUGGAGGAGGACACUUCUCAUAGAUGUGUGAAGAUAUCAGAAGAUCUGAAAACAGCAACAAGUACAGAAGAAGAACAGGACAGACCAGAAUCACCGGGAAGGUUCCUGAAUUAUGCCCAGGUGUUAAGCAGAUGUGGCCUCUCCUCAGGACGACAUUACUGGGAGGUAGAGUGGGACCAGAUAGGAAGAUGUGGCAUCGGACUGUCCUAUCCCAGUAUAGAAAGGGAAGGACUUCAGUCUAGUAUUGGAUGUAAUGAUAAAUCUUGGUGUCUGGCUAUGUCUGGUGCAGGAUGUGCAGUGCGUCACCGCUCAGUCAGAUCCCCCCUCAGUGUAGAUAGAACAUGUCCUAGACUUGGGGUCUUCUUAGACUAUGAGGCCGGGCGUCUGUCCUUCUAUCAGCUGUGUGACCCCAUCAGACACUUACACACCUUCACCGCCUCCUUCUCUCAACCCCUACAUGUUGUCUUCUGGUUGUGUCCUGAAGCCUCUGUUAGAAUAAUAAGCUGAGGCCGAUGCGUCCACGUCCCGUUAUAAUCUCCGCCUAUAAGUCACUAUAUAGCGCUGUAUGGGCGGAGCCUCCGAUCCCACAAUGUAUAUGGCGGCUCUAUGGGGGGGUUUACUGUACGAUUAUUUUAUAUUCCUUGGAGAUCAGAUCCAGAAUCGAUGCUUGAGACAAAUGAAAAGUUAUGUCGUCUGCACACGAGUUCGGGUGAACGCACAUCAGACCCGCAGCGUAUCCGCACCAAUACCUGCAAUGUGUGAUUACGGUUUUUGGUGCGGAUAAGAUGCGGUUUUCCACUGAAAAGGGUGAAAUCCGCAGCGUAAACCACAAACAUAACUGACAGUAUCUCAUGGGGGGCAUCAUUAACCCUUCCCCGUCCUCCACUGAGGUCGCUGUAGGGGCUUCUUUAUGUUUCUGGGACACAUUUGGGGAACAUAUAAUUAUUAAUCAGCUUUUCCUAUUUCUGUAGAGAUGUGACAAUGUGACGCUUCUUUCCGCACUAUACGCGGCAUUUGUUGUGUUUUUUCCCUUUUUAUGGAAUAAAUGUCUGACUACUUCUGUCCCAUCAGAGUUGUCGGUCCUAUCA